AUGUAAUCAAUAAACCAAAAUAAACAAACAAAGAUCGUAUUUCUCGUCGCUACUGAGAGAGAAUGUGUCAUGUUCAUGGUGAAGUCUUAGGAGAGAGGAUUACACCUGCUGAUACGUGACUGUUGCGCAAUUACGGUGUUUUAUGAACUCUCGCAGCGGCCAGCCAGCCCCACACCCGCUAGCUUAUCAACAACAGUGGAGAUAGAACGGUGGCGGCGGGCGCCGCUCUGGCUCAUUUUACGGCAAAAUAUGCAACAUUGUGUGUAGCGCUAACAUUUGGAGUUCAAUACUGUGUGUACAUAGUGUCCCGUUCUAGUCCUGCAUGGAAACUAACUCCCUGCAAGGGUUGGUGAACAGAAAGGUGAUAAUUUUUAACUCGGGAAGUGUGAUAUCUCCCAGCAACGGAUGUUUUGAGUGAUAAAAGGUCCCCCGGUGAGUCAUGGCCGCGACGCAGGGUUAUAUCAGUGGACAGGAAGUGCCCCUUGACGACCUCCCCUCAUGGAAGCGAGAACUGAUACUUAGGAAAAGAGCCAAUGCAAGAAUCCACGGAGCCAUGGGUCUGCCUGCUCCCACGCCGAUGGCGGUUCGGGGUCGAGGCUCGCUGAGUGGCCCGUCAACCCCAUUAUCCUCGCUGAGCGGCCCGCACCAGGAGACGGUGUGCUCGCUGAGUGGCGCGGGGCCCCCCCUCCCCCGCCCCGGCCCCGCAGCAGCAGCAGCAGUCAGUACGCGUGUAGCAAGUGUGCGAGAAGUAGUGCACCCCGAGGAUGCGUGUAAAGACCGAAAGUAUGCUGUAGCAAGUGAUCCCAACAGCCCCGCCACGAGCACCACCAUGCACCACAAGGGCCUGCACGAUGAGGGCCCGCGGGUCACCUCGCCCGCCUACUCCUCUGUCAGUGACUCUUACGCCCAGGAGGACGAGGAUCUUCGGUAUGGCCCGGGCAUCGUGUCCAAACUGAAGAACCGGUACAUGAGCCUCGCCAUGAGGGAGAGUCGCUCCCGCCCCUCCCUCCGCAGGUUCAGCUCCUUGGAGGACCUGCUGGACAGCGAGCCGCGGGGGCCGGUGGCCGCCAAGCCCAGCACUGCCCCCGCCACGGCCCCGAUGCAGCGGCGGGAGGUGAUGCGGCGGGCACGCUCCGUGGACUCCCUCAGCAGCAGGCUGGCCGAGGACUCGCGGCGGGUACGAACCCCCGCCAUGUCCAAGAGCAAGUCUGCCUCCAGUCGCCUCCAGUCUAGUCUGAAUCCUCUUGGAAAGGAAAACGUUAUCAUCAUUGAGACAAGUAGGAGCCCAUCCGCCCGGGAACCCCAGGCAGUGAACGGCGCUGCGCCCCGCACCAUGGAGGCGGCCCGCUCCCGCCAGCUGUCCUCCUCCAGCGUGGGUGAGGAGGAAGACCUGCCGCCCCCAGACACCGUGCGGCAUGUCAAGAAAAUCUUCGAGCCUGCGGCCAGCAGGUCUCCUCGGGGCACGGCGGCGCGCAUCGCAGCCCACAAGGCGGUGCAGUCCUCCAAGUCCAACGGCGUGGCCCCUGCAUCCAAGCCCGCCCUCAAGGCCAAGCCCGCCGUGGUGCCCCCCCGCAAGGUGACUCCCCCCGCCGGCCCCGCCCACCCCACAACGAUAGAAGAGGCCAAGGUUUCCCUGAAGAAGGUCACACAGGGAGUCCGGGCGUCUCCUAGGUCCACCAUGAGCGUGAGGGCUACUGCCUUGAAUGGCGAGGGCACGACUGGAGCUGAUGCUGUGGCCAGGGAGAAGGUGCGGUCAGGCCUGACCCCCGUCACCUCUUCCGUCACAGCUCCUCUAGUGAACGGUGACCCCGGGCCCAGGCAAGCACGGGGCGAAAGUUGCAGUCCAGGCGAGGUGGAGGAAGGAGUGAGGAGGAUAUCUACAGCCGCUGUGUCAAAUAUCAGGAGUGAGAGUCAUUCUCAGGAAUUUAACUUUACGGACCGCACUGUGAGCUCCCCCGCACCAGCCAAGCCAGCCUCCCCAACACCCUCCCCACUCCCUUCCUCCCCAGUAGCUUCCCACAGAGUGCCCUCGCAUACCCCCUUCAGUGGCAAAAGUGAGAAGGUUGAGGAGAGUGAUCGUGUCCACCUAGAAAACCUGAAGAACGUGGAAAAGUCUCGGUCUCCGCCCGUGGAUGUUCACAGCACACCUGUUUUCCCUUCUAAAACGGAGUCGCCUCCAAAGCCCGCAGUGGACACACUCGGGCAGGGCAAGGUGGAGUCAGUGAAAGUCUCCCCUAAGCAGGGUUUCGGCAAGAAGGUGGAACCCAAAACCGAGGUGCGGCCAGUGGCGAAGACGGAGCCCGCCAAGCCCAGCCCUCCCCCCGCCGAGGAGCUGGUGCGGGGCGGGGGCAAGGGCGGGCUGGUGGAGGCUUUCAACAAAGCCCCGGCAGGAGGCAGCCCGGGCAGCGUGCUCACCCCCACCAAGACCUCCAACCGGGAUCGUUGGCACCAGCAGGAUAACACGACGCUGGUGUUCAACUUCACCGCCAGCAAGAAGGAGACACCGGACUACAUCGAAAAUGAUGGCGUGGAUCUCUCCAAGAGGCGGCCAGAGGUAGGUGACAGGGGAACAGGGGGAAGGGCUGGAGACAGCUGUGGUCACGCCGAGGCGCGCCGUGUGCCGCACCUGUCUUACUUUCACACUGGUGCCACUUACCUUGCACCAGCACCAUGCCUCCUCACCAUCCACUCACCACCACUGCUUCCCCAUCACCACGUCACACAUCACCAUCACCCAGUGCCAGUUACUACUCACUCGCUCCCCCCCCCCCCCCCACCCAUAAUGUACCACCAUCCACAACUAGUAUCACAACACAUCCUCUUCAUUACCACAAAACUCCCAGCCCACCAAACCCUUUUUUAACACCCGUAUCAUCAUCACUACAUCACUAUUUAUCACUACAAUUCUCACUAUUCCACACCUUAACCUACCAUGCAACACACACGCUCCCUCCUCCUUCCACCCCACACACACCAUCCGCGUUACUCCACCAUUCUUUCCACCACCCCAUACACUCCCUCUCUCCCCUGGACGUGACACAAACCCACACACACUCAGCUGACCAAAACACCACCACGCUGCCACAUGCGAAAAGGUCUUCAACACAUCAGCUGUAGCAUUUAAUUCCCUUUCUGUGUCAAUGCCGGAAACGGUGUUAUCUUUCUCCCAUAACCCCCACCACCACUACUGCCACACUGCCCCCCCUACCAAAGCUACUCAUAACUACAACACUACCUAUCCAACACUUAGAUUCACCCCCAUUGAAUCUCCUUGUGUAGUAGAAGAGUUUGUUUUCUUACCUUGUAUUACUCGUGUACUUUAGAGGCGGUUAAAUGGAUUGGUUCGGCUCUGCCAUUCUAUUUUAGCCUUACUUUUUUUUUUUUUUAUUGUUAUGAUGAUGAAAGGGUCAUGAUUUUUGUUUUCGUUGUUUUUGCUGAUUAAAUCGUGUUCUUGUGUAUUUUCAUUAUCUGUUGCACAGUUUUACCUUGCUCCUUUCUGUGUGUGUGUGUGUGUGUGUGUGUGUGUGUGUGUGUGUGUGUGUGUGUUUGUGUUUCUCAUGGCCUAUUACUUGUUGCCCUCCUAACUAACCUUUCGUCUAAAUAUAGGUGUAAUACAUUUUAUUUUUGACACACACACACACACACACACACACACACAGCGGGUCGUUGGUGUCGGGGCGGAGGUGUUUUUUUUUAAUGUGGUAACGUCGCUGUCGUGUUAUCAGACAUCCUGUGAUAACCCGGCUUAGUUGAUAUAAACAGAGCGACCGAUAGAGCCUUUUAAACUGUAAACACCACCACCACCACCACCACUUUACUACCACCACUAUUACUACAACUAUAAUUACUACCACCACCACUACUAUUAUUACCACCAUCAUCACCACUGCUACAAUUCUACACUAUUUCAACUACCACCAUCCAUAAUACCACGAUGACUACUAUAACACUACUACAACUACUUAUACUACUACUACUACUACUACUAUAAUUUAUAAUGUUUUACCCCUGGCUGUUGUUACGUGUGUGUGUGUGUGUGUGUGUGUGUGUGUUUAUGAGACUUUUUUAUUAACUUAUCUAGUUGUCUGUACUGUUUUGUUGAUUCAUUUCAGUGCCGCACGUAUACACAGACAACACACAUCUACCUAUACUUAUUAUACCUAUUCACCUUAUAUACUGUUUCUUUGUGUGUUUUGUAUAGGUAUAAUUCCAUCCUACGCACCUGUCGUUUCAUGGCAUUCAACUCUACAAACAGGAAGUGUAGACAUGAUAAACCUUGUGUGUGUGUGUGUGUGUGUGUGUGUGUGUGUGUGUGU